UUGCCAGUCUCUUCCGCGCUUCCCAAGCGGCUCUUCCAGCCGCUUUCCUUCGACGGUAGGGCGGGGCUGGGAUCUUCCCUGGGGCCGCCCCACUGCGCUCGCCUUCCAAUCGGAACGCCGUUGUUGCUCGCUGUUUUUUUCUUUCCCCCGUCUCUGUCCAAACUUCCUGUAACGCUGCGGGAGGGAACCGGGAGCGGGAGAUCCCUGGCGGGAGAUGCCUGAAGUUUGCUGGCAGAGAGGGAAGUCUCUGCGGCGGGAAAAGCGACAGAAGCACGUCGAAGGAGCCGAGCUCCCCCAAAAUGGGCCUCCUCGAGCUGCUGUCCCCUCGCACCUACGGCCUGGUGCUCGCUACUGCUCUGGCGCUCUUGGCGCUCUGUGUUUCCUACAGGCGGAAAAGGAGACCAGGAGAGGCGCCCUUAAUAAAUGGUUGGAUUCCUUUCCUGGGAGAAGCCCUGAAUUUUAGAAACGACCCUACCAAGUUUUUGUUAUCUUUGCAACAGAAAUACGGAGAUGUUGUUACCGUCUACCUUGCUGGCAAAUAUAUUACAUUCAUAAUGAACCCCCUGCAGUUUGUUUAUGUGACCAAAACCGGAAAAUAUCUCCAAUUUAAAGAACUUGCUGAUCAGAUAUCGACCAAGGCAUUUGACCAUCCAACCACCCUCAAGCAUAAUCUCCCAGACAUGCAUGAGAAUGUGCACAAGGCUUAUCAGUAUCUUCUGGGCAGGCCAUUGGACGUGCUGUCUGACAGCAUGAUGGGAAACCUCCAGGGUCUAUUUGAGAAGAUGUGCUCACAAGCAACAGACUGGGAAAUGGGGAACAUGAACAAGUUCUGCUUCUCCUUAAUGUUCGAAGCCAGCUUUUUAACACUGUACGGAAAGGAUCCCAGUGCAGUUGACUACAGCAUCGUGGAAGCAAUUGGAGACAAGUUUAAUAAGUUUGAUGCCAGCUUUUCCUAUUUAGCUGCCAAUGUACCCAUUGAAUUAUUAGGCGCGACCAAGCGUAUCCGGAAAGAACUUAUCAGUAUGUUUUUACCUGAAAACAUGUCAAGAUGGUUGGGGGCUUCAGAAGUGGUCCAAUUCAGAAAAGAUUUAUUUGAUAUGUAUGAAGUACUCAGCGAUCGCAACAAAGCAGCACAUCAUUUUGCCUUCAUGUGGGCCUCUGUAGGAAACACGAUUCCAGCUACAUUCUGGGCCAUGUAUUAUCUUCUGCGGCACCCAGAAGCUCUUGCAGUGGUGCGUGACGAAAUUGACCAUUUGCUGCAGUCAACAGGUCAAGAAAGGAAGCCUGGAAACCGCAUCCACCUCACCAGAGAACAAUUGGACAACCUGGUCUACCUAGAAAGUGCUAUCAACGAGAGUUUCCGAUUUUGCUCAUCUUCCACAAACAUCCGCAUCACCAGCGAAGAUUUUAUUCUCAAGCUUGAAGGGAACCAGGAAGUCAGCUUGAGAAAAGGAGAUUUGGUAGCAAUUUAUCCUCCAAUUCUGCACAUGGACCCCGAGGUCUACGAAGAUCCCAAGAAGUAUAAAUUUGAUCGUUACAUAGAGGAUGGCAAGAAGAAAACCACCUUCUACAAACAGGGAAGGAAGCUGAAAUACUUUCUGAUGCCUUUUGGCUCUGGAAUCAGCAAGUGUCCUGGCAGGUUCUUUGCAAUGAAUGAAAUUAAGCUGUUCUUGGUUUUAUUGUUGACAUAUUUUGAUGUGGAAAUAACAGAAGAAAAGCAAGUUGGACAAGACAAGAGUAGAAUAGGUCUUGGUAUACUCUUGCCAGACACUGACAUUGCCUUUCGUUACAAACUAAGAAAUUAAUACUCUAAUACAGUUUCCAACAUUACAAAUAACUUACUCAGGUUUUUUCUGUCUUUUUGCACUAUGGUUGCCAUAUCUUUCUGGUGUCCUUACAAUUGUGGA